ACACUUUUCCGAGAUUUUCGAACAUAUGAAAUGUCAACAAAACUAUUUAGAUAAUUUGCGAGUAUAAAACACUGUUGUUGUUUUAGUACGUUAAUGGGCGACUAAUUUGUCCAUAUUAAUUGUUUCGUUAUGGAACUCGAAAAUUCGUUGGCCGUCGUGGAGACUUUAUUUGAGGAAUUUUUCAAUCCGUACACCAGCAAUUGCAGAAAACAUGAAAUUGAAGUGCAGCUGUCUGAGAUCAAGGAAGUACCACACAAGGGAAAUCUGUGCCUGCAUUUUAUUAAGCACAGUUCUAGUCAACAUGUGAUUAUGUUUACUUUACAAAUUUUGGAGUUUAUGGUUAAUCAAGGACAAUGGCCUGCGAUGGAGACAGAGAUCCAAGACGAACUAAAAACUAUCCUGCCGCUAACUCUAAUAAGUAAAAGUGACAUUCCCAAUUUUUUAAAAAGCAAGUACGCUAAGAUUAUUGUAAAUAUUGCCAAAGUUGACAAACCAGGAGAAAAUUCGAAUUUCUUCUAUACCGUAACCAACGUAAUUAUUACCUUACUGAGAUCGUCAGAACAGCUCAUAGGGUUGAUACUGUUCAGAGGAAUGUGCGAGGAAUUUCUGGGUUUAAAUGUGAAACUUCAAACUCUAAGUUGCAAAAAGGAAGUGAAAAAGUUUCAGGAAGACUACAUUCCUCGUGUCCUUUACUUAUUGACGGAUAUUUUAGAGAAUAUCAGUUCAAAAUCGAAGCACACUGCCACUGCAACGCCUCCUCCGUCACCUACUCAAAAUAAUUCUGUUGAAGGGCAAGCGCCCAAUCACAACUAUUCAGCCGAUUAUCCGCCAGAUGUUAGAGCCAUCAUUCAAGAAUCCCUAGCUAUACUAUCGUUGCUUUUUACUUCGAUUCCUGUCGAGCAAGUGCCUCUGCUAACGAUUAGGGCUGUAUUUAAUUUUACCAAAUGUUCGUCUUACUCGCAGGAUGACGACGAUCUUUGUCUCAGUGCCAUAUCGACAGUUAACGAGCUGUUUUAUCGGAAAAGUUGCCCACAUGGGGCGGAACCGUUGUUCAAAGCAAUUUACAUUCUGGCAGUGGAACUUCUCCGGAAUAUGACUACUUCUGUUACUUACCGAACGGAAAACACUGACGAAUUGUUUGUUGACAAAAUUUCCGAACUGCUUGUCCUAUUGAUUGAACAGCAUUUUUGCCGAUUCGAGGCAGAUCCGACGUUCACUGCUCUGGAGUUUUUGUCGCUAUUUUUCCAGUAUACUAUGAGUCUAACAAAUAGUGUGCAUUUUUUGCGCUGCUUGAGCGUCUGGUCCACGUUUUUUAAACGAGUGAAACCCUAUGCUUCAGUAAAGUACCAUCAAGUGUGUGUAGGCUUAGGUAGUGCCUUAAUCAAUAAAAUUCAAUUUAGUUCAAACCAUGCCCAGCUUGUAGACCUUCUCACAAUCAAUAUUGACGUUAAUAACACAGAGUGGCAAUUCUUUUUAAACUCAUCAGCAGAAAUUAUAUCGCAAGCUGCUCAAUUAGCGCCGCUGGAAACUCUUCAUCAACUAAUAAACUCGUGGAAUUUGUGUAAUUCCCAAUAUCAGGAAUUGGAAAAAUACUCCGAAACAUGGUUCAACAAUUCAAGUAACAUUGAGACUGAAAAACUAACUUAUAUUCUUAGGGAUUUUUCUACAUUAUCAUUCAUGUUAGCCAAUUUAGCAGACCAUUUUUGUGCGUGUGAAAACCCUCAAAUCAAUGGAAUUGCCACACCGAUAAUCUGUCUUUUCAUGGAAAAUACCAUCAAAAGUGCCUCUAGCUACAAGAAUAUCAAAUCCUACCUCCUUAGAUUUAACGAUGCAAAGUUGAUGCAAAGUUUCAUUGACUCGCAAAGUGAAUUGCUAUCUGUUUUGAAGGCUUGGUUGGGUUGGAUGGAGGCUCGCAGUCAACUGAACUCAAACGUGGACAUUUUUCUCAACCUUCUUUUGCCUGUGUUGCAUGAAGGCGACAAAGUGCCGGUUCAAGUAUACUCAGCAGCUUCCCAGCUGUUUCUAGAACUGUCCCGCAGACCAAACUAUCUCUGCCCGUCGAGCAACCGGGCAGUAGCAGACUUUAUAACAAAGGUCCCAAAGCUUAAACUCAAUUCACCAGAGAUAGUGAACUGUAUUUAUUCCGCAAUAUGCGAAAUUCUACUAAAGCCGCUGAAAAGCUUAAAUCAGCACACAUUGCCAGUUUACAAGCGUUUGAUAGAUGGGUUUCUCAAGGAACUAAGUGCGGAUUUCAGGAGUUUAACUCCCAAGACUGCCGAAGUAAAAGUGAUAGAAACAGUGCAUGUAUUGCCAGCUUUGGCUCAUUUAAUAGAGUAUUGCAGAUGUUACCCUUUGGUAUCUAAAAAAGAGCUAGCAAGCGGCAUUGAGCCCAUACUAACACACUCCAUGGUACUAUUCCCUACCUACGUGAAAUAUUCACAAGUCCACGAUGCAUUUCCUCAGUUUUUCAAUUCGAUUUUGAGGAAUUUGCAGUCUCAAAUAGGCCCGGAUUUUACGAAAAACGCCAUGAAUAUUUUUUUCCAAGUCGCAGUCUGGGAACAGCAAUCCAACAAUCUGGAAGGCGUAAAGCAAUUACUGGACAUUUUCAUAGUGGUAGUUCAAGAGUCCACCAACAAGAAUUUCUUUUCGGAUAUCCUGCAAAUAUGCAUGGAGACUAUUUAUCCGCUGUUGUCAUCGCAAGCCAUGGAAAAGCCUGAUGUAUUUUUGUCAUUUCUGGAAUUACUUUACAGUAUACUGAAGUUCCAUUGGUUGUACUUUUACAACUCGCAAGUGUUAAUGGGUUUUUCGCCGGGAUGUAAUGAAGACGAAGUGGGGCCAGAUGUUCCGAAGAGGCCGGAACAAUUGUUGGCAAUUUUGAAGGUUUUUGGCGAAGCUCUGAUGAUGGAUGAUAUCAAUAUUUUCAGACAAAGUUUGGCCAGUUUACAAGAAUUAAACCGUUCGAAAAAGCUGUACCAUAAGGGUUUAUUUCAAUCUAAUUUGCUUCCUGAGCUGCUUCGAGUUCUCCUACAGACCUUCGUCUACAAGAAACAGGCUUUAGCCAAGGAGGAUAUUAUGUUGGCUGUGUACGAUAUGUCGGAAGUGGAUUUCGAUGGGUUUAUCUACAAGUUUCUGCCUCUUUUUCUGGAGAGCGCCGAUGGGCUUAAGGGAAAGUUUCGCGAUAUUUUGCUGUGCCAUUUUCAGAACAAUAAAGAACGGGAUAUCCCUUCUUUCAUGCAGAAUUUGCAAAAUUUUGCAGCAGACUAUGAGCAAGUAGUAAUUUAUUCUAGAAGCCACAGUUCAUAAAAACACAUUUUUCAAUUGCUUCUGCGUUUUGAUUUAAAUCUCUUUUCGAUUCAACCGCCACCUAUGUUAACUGUUGAAAAAUAUAACUAAUCAUAGAUUUUUAUAAUAUUACCGGUUAAAAAAUCGAUAUAGUUAAUCAUAUUUUUUUUAAAUAUUAGCUAAUGUAUAAGCUUUUUUACAAAUAAUACGUCAUACAUUUUUGCUAUCUGUGAUUCAACAUUCCUGGGCCACAAAAACAUGGCAACAGGUGGAAUGCAAUGAAAAAUUCAGGAGUUAAAAAAGUUUGGCGCUGGUUUAUUAAUUUUCUGCUCCAGUACUAGUAAAGUAAAAAGUAAUUUACGAAUACAUGAUCUCAAAGUUAAAAAUAAAACAGUUUUUUCAAUUUUGUUGCGGAUCAUCUAUCCUUUUUAUAAUGUAGACUUGGACUCUUAAUACGCAUCAAACGCACCAAGGUUUGUUCAAAUCCAAGGGGCAUAAACAUUUCUGCUUUUUUGUGUUGUAAAUUGCUGCUAGUGGAUUUCCCCUCAGGCUUGCAGUUUGCAUUUCCAUUCGUUAAUUUUUUUGGAUGUGCAAAAGAAUGGAUUUUUUCGUUUCUUUUACUUAUUUGUUUGUGCUUGGUGUCUCUUGGUAUUGAAUAUUAUCUAAUUUAUUGUUUGGUCAGCUCUGACUGGCUAAUCCCUAUAUUAAGAUAAUGCAAACAGUUUUAUGUUCGUUAUUAAUUCAUGUUCUUCUCAUUCAAGAUAUUAUUGACUUUUAGUUCUUCGCUAAUUUUUGAAAUUCGUUGUCUUUUUUUUAACUCUUCUACAUUGAGCUCGUACUUUCUUACGAUAAUUUUUGCCACUGAAAGAAACAAAUGUGAUCCCUGAGAGUGUAUUUCCCGACAUGUCGAGGAUUAAAGCAUAAACAUUUAGUUUUAGGUUCUAUUAAUUACAAAAAUUUGGUAGUACCGUUAGUAUUUAUAUUUAAGACUUGUGAUCGCUCAAUUUUGUGUAAUAUUUAUAAUGUCCUUUUUAUAUGAAAAUAAACUAAAAUGCUACCUGAA